CGAGGCACAGCCAAAAGCAGUGCGGCCGAAUCUAGUGCCGUGGCUGGGUUACUACUGUGUUUUAUACCUCCGCUGUUUUUUCGUACCGUGCGUGUUUCGUGCGUGCAUUUAUCUAUUACAGAUUCAAAAAAUUCAAAUUGUUUUUACGAUAACCAGUGGAUUAACGUGUGAUAUUUAAUUUAAAAUAAUAGUGUACUAACCAACUAAAGGAUCUAACACAUAAUUUAAGAUACCAAGAUGUUGAUGUAAUUCGAAUUUUAGCGGUUACUAGUGGAGUUUAAUAUAUAUACAUAUAUAUAUAUAUAUAUAUAUUUUUUUUUCUACAACUGUAGUUCGGAAUAACGAGAACGAAAAACACCGCGACGGCCAUGGCUCGCCGUCGCGAGGACACCGACGAUGGUGAUUAAAAACGUCGACGGGUGCGGCAUACUAAACCAGUACGAUAAUUUAAAUAUUAAAACUAAUAUAAAUAAUUUAAAAAUAGUUACAGUAAUUAAAACUCAUAGUAAAAAGUUUGAAUAAAAUGUUUGUGGUGAUAAUUUAAAAUUUAUCGAGUUCGCAGGCUGUUGAUCAUCCGAGACUGGUGACUUGUUUCUGAUAAUUAUUGGUGAACAUGAAGCUUGAUUUUAUUUAAUGAAGAAUACAAAGUGGAUUUGGUGGUGAUAUGGUUGUGAAAUACAGCAAGAGAUCUUUUUUAAAGUAGUCUAGCAACUUGUAAAAAUAAUAAAGUCAGAUAGACUUUAUUACAAGAUAUAUAUAUAUUUAUAUUUAAAUAUACGUAUACAUAUGUAUGUCUAUAUAUUUGUGUGGUUGUUUUAAAAGCAGCAGUGUGUUUUUAAGGACGUGAUACAUUGCCCGGCGGACUAGUUGUGUGUUAUUGGUCUUGGUCAAAAAGCGAUAGCAAACCGGAUACACUUAAAAACGUGUAACUGGCUAGUUGGUGUAGACCAACGAGCUGACGAGCCGGGAGGCUUUCAUUUUAUUUUGUUGGAAGACAGUGAGAACGUUUGUUUUAUUUAAUUAUUUUUUUUUAUUUUAUUUUGUACGUAGUUGUUGCUGUAGUUCUUAUUCACUGCAAUAAUACUUGCGGAUAGUUUGUUAAGCUGUUGUAGUUUUCAGUUGGUCGACAACAGAGCCAAGAAAGUUUUUGAGACAUUAAGCAAGCAGUCCGUCCUCCUACAAGGGGAACAUUACCCGCUGGAGGAUGAACGCGCCACGAGAAUUAACACACGGCUCUUAGUGUUCUUCGUCUUCAACGUCUCAAUUUUUUUUUAUCUUUUUUUGUGUCACCGGGUGGAAGACUGGUUGUUAAAUAACCAGGGAAUAUAUAAGAACAUCGUAAUCGCCAGGAAAAAUGCAAGUGGCAACGUUGUUUCGAGAGAGCAGUACUCUGCUGAGUGCUUCAAAUCUCGAUCCUCCUCAGCAACAACAUCCGGCUCUGCAACAGCAACACCAGCAGCAACAACAACAACAACAACAACAGCAACAACAUCAUCAGCCGCAGCAAGAACAACAACAACAACAUCAGCAGCUUCAGCAUCAUCAGCAAAUUCAACAACAGAGUCCGGAUAUCCAUCUUGGUCAUCAUAUGCAGCACUAUCAUAAAAUGUCUUAUCCAUCGCCAGUACAAAAUGGCGUACAAAAUAAUAGUACAAUGAACUGUUCUGGUUCUCAAGGGUUGAUGGUGAAACAGGAGGCACGGGACGACGGUUACGAGACGAGUCCAGACCUGGAGAUGAGAAGCAACGGGGGUGACAGUAGCCAGCAGUAUCACACUCCACUGACGCCACAUACGCCCCACACGCCGCACACACCCCAUACACCAUUAACGCCGAUAUCGGCAACGUCGCAUCAGCCCCAACAGCCAAGCUCCACUGGGGCCACGUUAGGACAGGUGCCGAUAAAAUGUGAAACACCAGUAGAUCCUUAUUCAUUCGUUGAUGAGGAAAUGUCAAUGAGCGGUGGUAUAAGAGCGGCAAGUAGUCCUGGUGAAAAUAUUGAUGGAAUGACAUGUUCUACUAGUAGUAAUAUACAAUCGAGUAUCAGUACUCCGUCAUCAUCAUCACCAAGUCCUAUGCCCAGUCAACAGCAACAACAACUUCAGCAGCAGCAUCAGCAGCAGCUUCAUCAUCAUCAACAACAACAUCAUCUUGAACAACAACACCAGCAACACCAUCUUGAACAACAACAACAACAGCAUCAUCAUCAACAACAGCAACAACAACAACAUCAUAUGAGUAUGAUGAUGAACGGUGCACUUAAUUCACUUCAAUUACCACAUCAGCCGAAGAAACGAGGCCGUAAGAAGAAGUCAGAAAUGAUACUUACACCUGAAGAGGCGGAGCUUGCUGAGGCUAAAAAACGUGCUAAAACAUACAAAGAAAGAAAAAAGCACGACAGGUUCGAUGGUAUGCCUGAAGAAGAAGUCAGUAAACGAGUGCUCCCUGAUCAUCUUACUGAUAAUCUUGAUAUUAUUAUCAUUGGCAUUAACCCUGGGCUUUUCGCGGCUUACAAGGGCCACCACUACGCCGGACCAGGAAACCACUUUUGGAAAUGUUUACAUUUAAGUGGCCUAACACCUGAUCCACUCACUGCUGAAGAUGAUUAUUCAUUACUAAAUUUAGGAAUUGGUUUUACUAAUAUGGUUGCGCGUGCAACCAAAGGAAGUGCUGAUUUAACGAGAAAAGAAAUUAAAGAAGGCAGCAGUUUAUUGUUGGAAAAGUUAAAGAGGUACAAGCCAAAAAUAGCAGUAUUUAAUGGAAAACUUAUUUACGAAGUUUUCUCUGGUAAAAAGGAAUUUGGAUUUGGUAGACAACCGAAUUUAAUUGAGGGUACAAAUACAUAUAUGUGGGUGAUGCCAUCGAGUAGCGCCAGAUGUGCGCAAUUGCCACGCGCGGCAGAUAAGGUGCCAUAUUAUGCAGCUCUUAAAAAAUUUCGUGACUAUUUGAAUGGUACAAUAUCACAUCUAGAUGAAUCGGAUAUUGUAUUUGCUGAUCCAAAAGUAAAUAAAAAGAAGGAACUUGAUGCUAUUGAAGAUAAAAAGUCAACGUUCGAUGGUGAUGAUAUCGAUGGCGAGAGCAGGACGUCUGAUUUAAAUGAAAUGAAACAGGAGCAAGGAAUGAUACCGGGUAAAAAGAAACGGGGUAGACCGAAGAAAAUUAAAAAUCCUGAUGAUCAAAUGAUGAUUCCAUCAGAAUCCGAUAGUAAAAUGGACACUAGUAGCGGUGGCAGUGGCAGUGUUAGUGGUGGUGUCGGAGGAGGCGGAAGUGUUGGAAUAGGAAUGGGAGGAGAAGUGAUAAAAAAACGUCGUGGACGUCCAAAGAAAAUUCAUCAGCAACAGAAACAGCAGGAACGUGAAAAUAGAGAGCGUGAACAAAUGGUACAACAGCAACAUCACCAGCAGCAUCAACAGCAUCAGCAACAGCAGCAUCAUCAUCAUCAUCAUCCUCAUCAUUCACAAAGCAUGGGAGGACAUCUUGGUGACAGCUAUGGCAACGUACCAGGGUGUUUUUCCCCACCACUUAUGUCACCACCAAAACCAUAUGCUCAUAUGGCACCGUAUCCUCAACCCGAGUCAAAUUUUUUCUCCCAGGGUAUGAAUGACAGUCCGUAUAACAUGAGCGCUAAACAAAGUCCCGUACAUCUACAACAGCAUUACAGCCAAAGUCCUAAAUCCAUGUCCUUGUCGUUUACUCAUUCGGAUUUAUCGUCUGAAAUUAACACGGCAAUAUCAUCCGAGAAUAAUCUCGAGCCAUCCCCAUUGACGUCGCCAAGUGUUGAGCAUCCAGAUUUUGAACCACCAACAAGUAUGUCUCAACAACAGCAGCAAAAUCUCACGAACGAUCAUCGUGCUUAUAAUCCAGCUGGUACGACAGAUGGUACAAUACCACACUCAGGUAGUCCUAGUACACAAUCACACUCUAGUUACACGAGCUACAUGGGUUUUCAUGAUCAACCUACACCUGAAUCUCAUGGGCAUGGACAUCAAACAACGCCCACGGGGAUGAAUCCUGCUGAAGAACAGCAGCACUCACAUCAGUCCCAUCACACACCACCGUUAAGUCAUCCUCACACGCCAACAAAUUCAUCAAUGUCACCUCAUCCGCACGAGCAGUACGGUAUGAAGAGAAAUACCAGCCAAGAUGUUGCUUCCAAGAGUCUGAGUGAUCUCGAGUCUCUAGUUGAUCAGAUACCCAGUAUAGCUGACGGUGGUAAUCAACGUUUGCAUUCGCAUUCAGUGAUAACUGAUGACGGUCUUGGUGACAAUAAAAUGGAAUCACAUCAUCAAUCGUAUCUUUCUGGUUUUGCUGGUCCAGGUAUGAGUAAUUACAGUCCGCCACUUGGCGGGGGAAUUUAUUCUGGCUCGCAACCGCUCUAUCCAGGUGAUAAUUAUGGAUCACCCUAUGGUAUGAAUAGCCGCCAUGAACAACAACAGCAACAGCAACACCAACAGCAACAACAACAGCAGCAGCAACAACAACAACAACAGCAGCAACAACACAGUAAAUCUUACACUGUAGAAAAUCUUGCGUCAAGCAAUUACACACCGAGCAUGAGCCAAGCAGGAAAUAGCUACUCAAACAUUAUCCCCGGUCCACAUUAUCCCGUACCGACUAUGGGACCCACCAAUGGCUAUCUCUUCGGGGGAUUAGAGUCAAGUCUGAUGCAACGUACUUACGGAAUGACCGGAAUGACUGGUAUGGGUGGUAUGCAUCCCUCGUUAGGGCACAUGGCUAAUCCCUAUCCAUACAAUACAUCCUACUCGAGUUCCUUCGAGGCGUAUCCUACACCUCCGGCUGGCAUUCAUGCACCCAGUCCAAAUUAUCCUGGCGGGUACGGUGUCUCCAGCACUACCAGCAGUCCUGGUAAUUCAACACCUCCUUCCUACCUUCAAUCCCAUCACAGGCCACCCGUUGACCUUGGCUAUGACGGCGUAUGAUAAUCAUUGUAAGCGUUAUGCUUUACUAAAUAAAUAAAAUAUUUAAAAAAAAGGAAAAAAAAAUAAUAAAUAAUAAACAAUAUAUAUGUAUAAAUAUA